AUGAAAGAAAACAAACAUUGUGAUGAAACAACUCCUGGAGGAUCAUCAGGAGAAGAAGGAAUUUCAGGAAAAUACUCUCAAAUAUUAAUUGCCAUCCUUCCCACAUUUCUAACGAGUAUUCUCGAUGUUUAUAUUGAUAUGCACUUGACUAAAUAUUACAUGGAAGAUAUUUGUAAAUAUUAUUCGGAUAAAUCAUGUAUAGAGGCUUCAAGGUUUGGAUUGGUAAAUUCCUUCAUCCGAUCAUUAAGUUUAAUAACAGAUUUCUUCAGUGCAACCUUGAUUGAUUCAAGUAGCCUUGGACAACAAACUCUCUUGAUGAUUUGUGCACCAAUUUAUUGGAUGAGUAUUGUUGGAUUGUUUUUGGGACCUUCAUUGUAUAGAUCGGAGAUGAUUCCCACAUUUAUUUGGUUUAUUAUUUGUUCAUUAUUGAAGAAUAUGGUACCACUGAGAGUUUUAUAUGAUACAUCAAUUGUGAGAAUGUGUAAAUUGUGGAAUGUGAAGGAUAGAUCGGAUUUAUUUUCUGUGAAACAUCAAGCUUCAAUGUAUGGAGGAGUUUUGGGAGCAUUCUUGCCAUCGCUGCUGAGAUUUAUAUUAUCUUCGUUGACUUUGAGUGAAAAUCAAAUUACAAGAGUAUAUAUCAUGAUUGGAAGUUUACUAAUUAUUGGAUCUUAUGUAUUCAUGUCGAGUUUCUUUCGAAAUUCAAGAGAAAUGAAUAGUUUCAAAAAGGAAAAAACAGAGGAAAAGAAAUCAGUCUCAUGGAUUCCUGCAUUGAAAAAGUGCUUUGAAAAUAGAGCCUUUGUAGCUCUACUUUGCUUGUUUAGUUAUGAAACAUUGAGAGGAUUAUUGUGGAAUGGUCUAUACAUUUUCUACAUUACUAAAGUAUUGAAUUUGGAGGGAGCUAAUUUUGAUUUUUGGACUGGAGUUCUCAACACGACUGGAAUGAUAUUUGCCAUGAUAUUCUCCCCACUAUGGCAAUAUAUGGCUUCCAAGUAUGGUAAUUAUAAUACUUGGCUAGUUUCAUAUCUAGUUCAGAUACCUAUUGGUGUUUUUGUGUACUUGUUUGUGGAUUAUUCGAGUACAGAACCUCAAAUUUGGAAUUAUCUUCCAUUCUUUGUCUUGCUGACAAUUACUGGAAGGUCUAGCGGAUUCCUUCUCGAUAGUAUCAAGACUACCGUCUUUGAUUAUGAUGAAUUGAGAACUGGAGAGAGAAGGGAAAUUUCUUUGGAGGCCACCUGGUCGUUCCUACCAAGAUAUAUUGAUUUAAUAUCUAGCUCUGUAUCUUUUGGAAUUUUAUCAUAUUUCAAUACUUAUGGACUGUCUGUUGAGGAGAGAACAUCUUUGAAGAGUGGAACUUAUACCCUAAUGGGAAAACACUCGAUAUCUGUGCAAGCUGCUCUACUCCCAAGCUUGACCUCAAUAGUAUGCCUUUUCCUCAUGUACAGAUUCCCAAUCAACGAUCAAAAACAUGCCGAAAUUUUGGAUUUAAUCAGGAAGAGAAAGGAAGAGGAUAAUCACUCUAAAAUUAUUGAUCCAUUAACAGGAGAGGAAAUCAUAAUCCAUGAAGAAUCCGACAAGAAUUCUCAAAAAAUCAAUAAGAAAUCAAGAGAGGAAGAGGAUUAUUUCUUUACCUUUGAAUUGGACAUGAUAAAGAGUAACACUAGUUGGUAUGGUAAAUGGUUGGUAGAAAUUGAGAUUAUCACCACCAUUUCCAUGACCAUUCUCUUUGGAAUAUUUGGCUACAAAUUUAUAAUGAAUGUUUUAUUUGGUGAGGAUAUCUACGCAAGUUUAUUCCUUUGGUUAAGCUCUGUAACAUUUACCUUGUCCACAUUCUUCCUCUCCAGAAUAAGUGUUGCUAAGAAAUUGAGGAAACAAAAUUGUUUUUGA